AUACAUUGUCCCGAGCGUUUCGUCGCACUAGUUUUAAGUUUUAACGUUUGCGAAGCGACGUUUCGACUAAAAUCAAUCGUUCGAUCGAGCCGGGCGACGCAGUCAUCCCCGCAGACACCCUGCUCGUCGCGGUGUUAGUGUGCCAAAUUUUCGCGAAAACAACUCUUGUUUGUCUCAGGUUUUUUAGUUGAUAGAGCGGUCGAAUAUCGACAGGAUGGGAGCUAAAGGCAGUGUGGAGGCGGCCAAAAUCAACGCUCAAAAUUGGAGCAAUUUUGAGCACAACCAUCCGAAGCAGUUUGCCGGCCACCAUCAGCGAUCACAGUCGCUGAACAGGGGAGUCCGUGAACAGUGGAGUGGCCGAGGAGCAGAUUUUGGCGGUGGUGACAUGUGGUGACAGCAACGGUGCCAGUGCCCUGCAGGGUCUUCACAGUGCCAAGGCAUGGGCAACAAGUUGAGUUGCUCCUGCGCUCCGCUCAUUAGAAAGGCAUACCGAUAUGAGGAUUCGCCUUGGCAGACUUCUAGAAGACGUGACGGACAUCUCCUCAGGUUAUGGGCGGAGGUAUUUCAUGUAUCAGCAAGCGGUGCCGGUACAGUAAAAUGGCAGCAAGUGAGCGAAGACUUGGUGCCAGUCAACAUAACUUGUAUUCAGGAUUCGCCUGAAUGUGUUUUUCAUAUCACGGCCUAUAAUUCGCAGGUUGACAAAAUUUUGGACGUCCGGCUAGUGCAACCUGGCACUAGAAUAGGACAAGCUUCGGAAUGUUUUGUUUACUGGAAAGAUCCCAUGACCAACGACACUUGGGGUUUAAAUUUUACAUCGCCUAUUGACGCCAAACAAUUUCGUGAAUGCUGUUCACCCUCAUUCAAAUUUUCACGCAAAGCUUCCUCUUCGUACUCGCUGAAACUCGAGCCACCGGGAAAGCAAAAGUUCAAGCAGAAGAGGAAACCGCUCAGCACACCGGCCUCGCCAUCGAGGGCUUCCAGAGAGCCGCAAUGCACUUGCAUGACUGCAGAGCAGUACGCUAGGUUGCGGGCGCAAGAUCCACGAUAUCGAGGGUCUUCAACUUUACCAAGAAGCACCAGAGUUUCCGAUACCGAAGGUAGGACCGAAAAAAUAGCUGCUGCCACUUCAUCUACUAGUCUUUACGAUAAUGUUACCAAUACACAGGGUGGAAUUACACAGGGUGGAAAAGGUACUCAACGGGAGGGAAGUCAAACCAGACAAACUCGCGAUCGUGGUAUUCAGCCACAGUCGGAUACUAGCACUAUGACUACAAAUACUUCUACUGCACCUAAGACUGUUACAGCAUCUGUGGGAACUGAAAAUAAUAUAGGAUCAAAGGUUAGUCAGACCGAAACUCAAUCACAGACAAUCGAAUCGCAAAAGUCGGAAAGCACUCAGGCAGGAGGAGCAUUGCCACCGACAACAAAAUCAUCGUCUACGUCUACCAGGCCGCCUCUAAGAGAGAAUAUGCAUCACGUUUUGACUAAUACAAAAUCAAUAGAUUAUUCCGAAAUUGAUAUGAUCAGGGAUGCGGAAUACCGUGCGAGCCACCAACAAAACAACUUAAGCAAUACACUUCAAAGCAAAAGAAAUAAAUCAAAGAGUACCGAAGAUAUGAAUAGGGAGAAUGGAAUAAGUUUGGAUAGUAAUACCCUCAAGCGCAUGCUCAAACCGAUGCCAAGUCAAGAAAGUCCAGUGACAUCUCCCGAAUUAGGCAGGCGACGCUAUCAUUAUUACAAUUCUCAUCAUCCAUCGAGACAAUCUAGCGGAAAUGGACGACAUUCAGAAUCGGAAACUGGUCAUCCUCAUCCUAGAUCUGCAAUGGCAAAGUUUUCAGGAUCCAGAUCUUCACACGAAAUAGGAAGAAGUUAUCCGGGAAAGGGCGGUUUAUAUUUAGAUCUGGAACGUGGAGUAACUGGAGACACGUCUCCUCCUUCUGACAAUAUUAUUUUCGAUAAUCAGUGUUACGCCACGACACCUAGUUCCAGUAACGGGAAUUCUGAUCCGGAACAAACAAAUCAGCAUUACGGAAGACGUCAUUUCCGUCACCAGAACUCCAAUAUCACUCCAACACCGGGUUCUCCUACCAGUAGGCUCCUAUUAGAAUACGAAAUGCAUCUUAGAAACACAUUAGCCAAAGGGAUGGAUGCUGAAAGUUAUAGCCUUCAUACGUUUGAGGCUCUACUCACACAAAGUAUGGAAAAUUUAGAAUUUGCUGAAAGUCUUCCCGGCUCUACACAAAGGAGUCCAUAUCCUUCCAGAAAAAGACCAGCUUCCAGUGCUUCUAUGAAUAAAUCGUCGACACUUCCAUUUAAUCACCGUAUGGCUUUAAGAGAACGUGAUCGCGACAGAGAUGGAUACUAUAGCGAUAGAAACGAAUUGCUCAGGGAAAGAGAAAAGGAGAGAGAAAGAGAACGUGGAUAUAUGAGUGAUCAUAAUUCAAGUUUCAGUUCUCGUUGUGCAUCAUGCAUUGGCGAGUCAAGUCGGGCCCAAUGGUUCCGCCACUCGGACGGUUGGAAAUCCGGAAGUUCAACUUUCAGCUCGUCACAAGGACCGGUGGUCACCGGACACAAGAGGUCACCUUGGGAUUCGUUGCCAUCCUUGCGUCAAGACAGUAGUAUGAACGACAGCGGAUACAAAAGUAAUAGGGCAGAUAGUUUUGAGCAGAGAGGCAUGUUCGAUCGCCAAGACAGUUUGAGGUCAGAUUACAUGAGUGACAGAGAGUCGACCAGAUAUGGAAUUGUUCAACAAGCAUCAAUCGAGAGUGCGGAUUCCAGAUUGUGCUAUUUGACAUCAUCCGAGAUUUCCGACGAUGAUCGUAUGUCGUUAACAACGGCGGUGUCCGACGAAGACGAUGGCGAAAGCGUUAUGAACUCGCCGUACAAAGCCAAACAAACUGGUACAGCGGCCGCAUCGUUCAAUUGUACGGGCGCGGUGAGGAAAGCCGGAUUCCUGAGCGUAAAGAAGUGGCUCCUACGCAAGAAACAUCAAAUCGAACUGGCCCGUAAACGCGGUUGGAAGGGCUACUGGGUGUGCUUGAAGGGCACCACGCUGUUAUUUUACCCGUGCGACUCGAGGGAGGGCAGGAGUGUGGAGGCUGCCCCCAAACACCUCAUUAUCGUGGAUGGGGCCAUUAUGCAGCCCAUCCCCGAACACCCCAAACGAGACUUUAUUUUCUGUCUGAGCACAGCGUUCGGUGACGCUUAUCUAUUCCAAGCACCGUGUCAGAUUGAACUAGAAAAUUGGGUCAACAGUAUCCAUAGUGCAUGUGCAGCUGCAUUUGCUCGGCACAGAGGAAAAACAGGGACUCUGCAUUUGCUACAAGAAGAAAUAUUUCGAUUGGAAAAAGCGAUAGAAACGGAUUAUAAACUUAAGCAUAUGGCAGAAAUGCAGCAAUCUGUAGUGGCUGAAUUGGAGGCUCGACAGCAAUUAGCAAAUCAAGUGCUCCAAUGGGAGGAAAACUUGGAACGAUUACAUUGUGAGCAGUUCCGAUUACGUUGUUAUAUGGCCAGUCUUCAAAGUGGCGAACUUCCAAAUCCUAAAUCUUUACUGACCCACGUUUCGAGAGCAACGAAGAACACCCUUAAUAAAUUAGGAGUGUUUACUGUAUCCUCGUUCCACGCUUUUAUUUGCGCUCGGAGCCCAUCCCUCCUAAAUAAUCUCCUGGCAGGAAGGGGAGCCACUAAGAGGCGACCUCCUCUCCUCUCCAGAUCAAACAGCGGCUCGAGUAGAAGGUCGUUACAGAUCAACUCACGAGAUGAAUCAGAGAAGACCGUCAAAGUUAGCUUACCAGAUCAGGCCAGUACCACCGUGUACGUACGCGAAUCCAUGUCGGUAGAAGAGUUUUUAGCUAGUGCUUGUGCUAGGAAAAACUUGAACGCUUCGGAACAUUUUAUUCGAGUGAAAAAAAGAAAGGACAUGGAGGAUCAUAAUUAUUUUGUCCCUCACCGUAGUGACCUUAUUGAAACAUACCUGCAUACGCACGAAGUUGUUGAAGUUUGCGCUAAAAUUCUAUACCAAGUCGAAUUAUCUCGUAGUACUUUGGAGCAAAUGUGGGGCUUCAGCGUAGAGGCGGAAUUAGUGGAGAACGCGGAUCGUCAAGACGAACUCUGCUGUUACGUCAGCAGGGUGGAAGAUAAAAGCGUCGCAAUGCAAAAUGGUAUAAUUAAAGGAGACGAAAUCAUGGUUAUCAAUGGAGCUAUCGUAUCAGAUCUAGAUAUGAUGUAUUUGGAGAGCGUCCUACAGGAAGAGCUAUCAUUAUGCAUGAUGAUGCGCUCAUCGCGAACAGAACCACCCGAUAUGGCUGGAAUUUUAAGAGCUACAGACGAUAUUAUAGAAAGUUUGGUAUGUCCCCCUCCACCUUCUGAACCUCCAGCCAUCAGUGAAGAAAUGAUAUCGGGUCUAAUUGUUCCUGCACCUGGAAAAGAUAGAUAUUCUACGGAUUCUGAAAAUCAAUCAUCACUGACAGAUUCCGGAAUUAAAGUGUCCUCCAGAACUAAUUCGUUUGAAAUUGAAAACUUAUUAAAAAGCGCCGAACAGGUAACAGGAUUUUGCCGAUCGCCCGUGGAAAGUAGAAAACAAAGUAGUCCGACUGGAAGCAUAGUUAGCAAUACCUCGCAAGUAAUUUUGACACCUUCCAGACAACUCUCUGACGGAGAAAAGUUAAGAAAAGUGAUUUUAGAACUCGUCGAUACUGAGAAAGCAUACGUUAAGCAUUUAAACAAUUUAUUAGAAAACUAUCUCGAACCCUUGAAGAAAGAGACUUUCCUAUCUAGUGCCGAGAUUAAUGCUCUUUUUGGGAACAUUCAGGAAAUCGUUGCCUUUCAAAGACAGUUUCUUCAUAACCUCGAAGAAGCUAUUGAACUCGAACCCGAUUUUCACAAAUACGAAUACCCAGGCCAAUUUAAAAAUGUAUUAUUUGCGAUCGGAAGCGCCUUUUUGUACUACGUUAAUCACUUUAAGCUUUACAGUUCGUUUUGUGCCAGUCAUAGUAAAGCUCAGAAAGUACUACAUCCAAACGAAGGAAAUCAAGCACUUCAAGAAUUUUUAAUUGCUAGAAAUCCCAGGCAACAGCAUUCCUCAACUUUAGAGUCGUACUUAAUUAAACCAAUUCAAAGAAUAUUGAAAUACCCCUUGCUCUUGCAACAACUUAGGAACUUGACUGACUCAAACACCGACGAGCAUCAGCACUUAGUUGAUGCUCUGAAAGGAAUGGAAAAAGUUGCAGAACAUAUAAAUGAAAUGCAACGGAUACAUGAAGAAUACGGUGCUAUAUUUGAUCAUUUAUUCCGACAGCAUCAAAAGUCUUGUAAACAGUCUAUAGACCUCAGCCCUGGCGACCUACUUUAUUAUGGCGGCGUGGAAUGGCUAAAUAUUUCGGACUUUCUGGGAAAAAUCAAGAAAGGUUUAGAACUACAUGCGAUGUGUUUUGUAUUCAAAACAGCUGUUGUCUUCCUAUGUAAAGAAAGGCUUCGCCAAAAGAAGAAAUUAAUGGGGGUGGCUAAUAAAGGACCGUCUUCAGAAGUAGAAAUUAUCAGAUAUCAAGUACUUAUUCCGGUGACAGAAGUACAAGUUAGAGCUUCCUCGGCCAAGGAUAUGGACUCUCAUUUCUUGUGGGAGUUGAUUCACUUAAGAAGUCAAUUGCAAAGGCGAUCUGAGAAAAUUUAUGUUUUGUCAAAUAGUACCGGCGAAUUUCGUAAUGCCUUCUUAAAAACAAUACGACAAAUAAUCAGGGAAUCUGUUAGAAAUAUGUCGAUACCAUCAACUAAACCAGGUACAGGUCCUGGCAUAUUGUUAGUUACAGGACACAAAACAGACCAUAUGAACAGUCAAACGCUUGAAAGACCAAAACAGCACGUAGUGAUUCAAGGGUCCCAUACGCUUGGAAAAACAAGAAAAACACACAAAUCCCAGAGACACUCUGCUGGAAAUAUCGAUUAUGACAAUAUGAAUCAGGAAACUGACGAAUCUUCGGGGAGUUUUAGAAACAGAAGUAAAACAGUUGGUGAUUCAGCAGAUGCUCCAAAACAAAAAAUGGUAAAUCAUGAAAAAACUGAGUCCGGAGCCAAAUCAGAAGGUGAAGAAGAUUCACAAACGGGCAGUAUUAAAGCUAAAGCUACUUUAGGUAGAACACCAAAUCAUCUUACUUUAAGCACUACAUCAACUCUUUCGGCAGGAAGCACAGGAAGUCAGGCACGUCUAAUUCAGUCGUCUCACCCUCCCGAAACCUUUCACCCCAUACAAAUGGAAGAGCUGGGAUCUCCCAUAUGGAAACCAAGAGAAAAUAACUUCGAACAAACUUCGACGACCCUUCCGAGGAAGAAUCGGCCCGAUCAGUGCUCCCUGAGCGCGUCCCGCAAAUCCCUAGUGGAAACGUCGAGCGGCGGACUGGAAGUGCAUAAUGCCUAUGCACAACAAUAGCGACCUAUAUAAAUUAGUACAUCCCUUUGGGGGUAACAUACCAAAACUAUUAUACCAAAGCUUAUUUUAUACGCUAGAUGCAAGAAUUGAAUUCAAUUUAGAACAUUUCGAGUUACUUCAAUUUGCCAAUGGCAGUCUGCAGUGUUGUGGCGUUUUAUUUUCUCCUAUAUUUAAGAGACCUUCUUUUUGAACUAGAAAAUUUUUUGAAAAAGAAAUAAUCAAGUUUUUAGACUAUCAAGUAUCACAGUUAUUGAUAUAGACUUAUGUAUUUGUUAUGCGGCCAAUACACGUCGAACUUCCAAUACUCCACUACCGAAUAUUACAAUACAUCUAUCUACCCUGUGUUUCAUAGAAUUAAUAUUCUGUAGUAUUUUCUAUGCUAUGUUGAAUCGUCGACCUAAGCAUAAAAAAUCCCAUGUAUAUUUUAAAAAAUCCGAUGAAUAUUUUAAAUAUUUAAUUCAUUUCCAUAUAUUAUUUCAUGAUGAUCCAUAUUAUUUUUUAUAUUUACAGUAUUUAAUACCUGUUCUUGUUGGGAUUGUUCCUUUUACACCAUUCAGUUCAUUCAGAACCUCGCAAUUAGUGCAAUAAAUUAGUGGUUUCAAUUAGCGUUGAAGUGUGUUCCUUUA